UCAUUAAGCCUGAAAGACUGGAGAGCAGGAAUGUAUCACUGAGAGCUGCCAUUCGGCUUCUUUUUGUUUUAUGUAGCUCCAGCUACACCGGUAAACUUCAUAUGAAGGAAUAUUAUGGAUUUAAUUGGAAAGUCGCGAUGGAUGCUGCAGGAUUUAUCAGUGUCAUAAACCUCCAUCAAACUGGACAAUUUCUUUAAAUUAACUUCACCACAUUUGGAUUUUUAUAUUUCAUUGUGGGAAUAUUGAUUCUGCCGAUUUCUACCUGGGUGGUUCUCCUUGGAGAGGUGACCUGUUGUCCCGAGGGAGGUAUGGUUCCACCCCGGCUCCGUCAGUGCACCCUCGCCCCGUCCUGGAGCUUCCUCAGCGGACCUCAGAGGAGAUGAGACCCGCGCUCUACCAGCUUCUCGUCGGCUGGCUCUGCCUCGUACGCGCCGCUGCUGAGGAGUCUCCUCUCCCCCGGGAGCUUUUGGAGCGACUCUCCCGCAGUGAGAUCCGCAGCAUCAGCGACCUCCAGCGGCUACUCGAGAUAGACACCGUAGAAAACGAGGCGAUCGAGGAGGCCAAGCAUGAUUACAACAAGCAAGUCUUUUCUCACGGCUUCCCCGACUUGAAGCGAGUGCACACACAUGGACGCUACAAGCGGAGCACAGUGGUGGAGGAGGCGUUGCCUGCAGGUUGCAAGGUGCGUACCACCAUCUACGAGAUCCCUCGCAGUCAGGUGGACCCCACCGCCGCCAACUUCAUCAUCUGGCCGGCGUGCGUGGAGGUGAAGCGUUGCACGGGUUGCUGCAACACUAGCAACAUGAGGUGUCAUGCAACCCGCAAGCACCACCGCACCGUCAGGGUGGCAAAGGUGGAGUAUGUGCGGCGGCGGCCUAAACUGAAGAAGGUGCAGAUCAGACUGGAGGACCACCUGGAGUGCGCCUGUACCAACAAACGCCAGAGCAGCCCAAACUCUGACAUAGAUAACGGCAUCAGGUGAACACUGAUGGAAUGGAUCAGAACAAGGCAAGCGCAUACGCACUUUUGGCUUUUCUAGCAUCCUGCCUGUGGAUCCCCCUUCAUUUUUUAACACAAAGACAGACCAACAUGCUGCGAGCAUGCUAACUGUUAGCCACUCCUCAAUGGAGAAACCGUAAGAUGGCAUGUUGGGGCUCCUCCCCGGUACUAUAAACCUCUCAGCAUCUUGGAUUAUAAUCCAUGGAUCAGUCCUCUCUAAAGACUUGGAUUAGGAUUUUUUUUUAAAAAUACAUUUACAACAUUUAUCUUGCACAGCAUACUCUUCUUUGUACAGUAUAAAUUGUCAUUAUCUCCAAUGGGUGUUACAACAUCCUUCUGACUUGUAACCAUUACUAAUAAACUAUUUAUACUGUACAUGCUAGCACAUAACUUUUGUAACACAAAAGGCACCAUGUGUGUGUUAUGUCUUUGUGUGGGAAGGAGAUUAUGUGCAAAAUCAUAACUCUUAGGAUAAAGCCUCUUGUGAGAACAGCACGCAUCUAAAAGACCGCAGAAGAACAUCACGCCUCCCGCCAAUUAUUAAUGAUAACGGAAAUAAAUGGAAUGGAAAGACUUCAAGUAAUCCACAAAGUCAAAGCCCGCAGCAUGUUUAGAGAUAUCGGCCGCCAAGCACAAUCAAAAUAACAUAAAGCCUCAAAAUAAUCCACCAAGUUCACUCAUGUGUGGGAAUAUCUGCGUUAUAGAUGUGUCAUUAAUGUACUUGCUUCUGCAAGUGGUUAUUGUUGAUAAACACUAUGUUACACAAUAGAAAGAAAUACAAAGAUUGAAAAUAAUCCACAAAGUCAAAGCUCAUGCACCAAGUAUCAGUGACAUAAUGAAUGUGGUUGCUCUCCCUGACAGUUAUUAACCAUAACCACCGCCUUGCAUCAUAUAAAUAAACAGAAAGACUAAAAAUAAUCCUCUAAGUCAAAAACCCGUAUGUUUUCUCCCACUCGGGGCAUUACUACUUUCAAACAAUUAAUGCAAUCAUUCUUCCCGCCAGUUAUUAGCGAUAACCGCCACCUUGCACCACAUCCCAGCCGCUGGUGUUUCCGAGUACGUCUUUAUAUCGCUGACAAGAGGACUCCUUGUACAUGAGAAGAUAUCAUGUGCAUGUUGCAAAGAGAUGAGACAGAUGGGGAUAAGAGUGUGUAAGUGAAAGGUGAGAGGGAGGAAAUGAAAGCAGAACAACGUGUGUGUCUGUGUGUAGAAAAACCUCCAUCUCUGUAAAGCUCAGAUAAGCAGAUUAGCAACAUGCUCACGGCUAAAAUGCAACCCGAAACAAGCUGAUUUGACCACACAUCCCAUCAGCACUUCACCUCAUCCUCAAUUGUGUGGUGAUUAAGAGGGUGGAAGUAUCACUGCUAACCUUUCAUCGUCUUAUUUAACAAGAACAAACGUACCAUUAUGUCUCUCAAGAAGGGGCGGUUACAGUUCAGUCUUUUUAAAGGGAAUGUCGGCGCAAGAGCACGAAUAAACAACAACGAUUCAUGGUUAUCCAAUAGGAGACUGAGGCGCACCGCAGUAAAAUGGAGACUGCGGAGUACAAUAUUGCAGCAUCCAGGGGCUAAGACACAACACCAGGGGUUAGCAUGCGUCUUUACUAUAAAGACAACAAGUAAUGGUGGCAUCGAUUUUCGGCAAAGGAAAAGCUCGUAUAAUAAUUUAUUCAUUCAUUCAUUUUUUACCAAGGGUCGCGAAGGGUUCUAGCGUAUCCCAGCUGUCUUCGGACAAGAGGCAGGGUACACCCUGGACUGGUCGGCAGCCAAUCACAGGGCACAUAUAGACAAACAACCAUUCACACUCACAUUCAUACCUAUGGACAAUUUGGAGUCGCCAAUUAACCUAGCAUGUUUUUGGAAUGUGGGAAGAAACCGGAGUACCCGGAGAAAACCCACGCAGGCAGGAGAACAUGCAAACUUCACCAAGAGAUGUCAGAGGGUGGAAUUGAACUCGGGUCUUCUAGCUGUGAGGCCUGCGCACUGUGGAAAUCCUCCCUUUGAGGACUCUAAGUGGGUUUCGAAUAGAGCCUAUGGAGCCUAUCCCAGCUGUCUUCGGGCGAGAGGCGGGGUACACCCUGGACUGGUGGCCAGCCAAUCACAGGGCACAUAUAGACAAACAACCAUUCACGCUCACAUUCAUACCUAUGGACAAUUUGGAGUCCCCAAUUAACCUAGCAUGGGGAGAACAUGCAAACCCCACACAGAGAUGGCCCAGGGUGGAAUCGAACUCAGGUCUGCUAGCUGUGUGGCCUGCACGCUAACCACUUGGUCGUCGUGCAGCCCUACAAUAAUUGAUUGUGGUUAAAAUUGAAUAUUUUUGUAAUUAAAACACUUCUAAUCACGGCUUCUUACCAUUAGAGCUCUGUGGACAUUAAAUAACACCCCUAUAGUCACCUGUACACUCCUAUUACCAAGUAAUAAAAGACAUAGUAUAGACAGACAGUUCCUUGUUAUUUUACAGCACUUCCUGGGGUGCGGUGUAACAUUACCGACACUUGUUGACCCGUGUGGAAUCCUAUAUAUCAUCAUAACAUAUGUUUUCUAUUUUAAUUUAACUCAUUUAGCCACUUUUAUGCCUAAAAAUAGGCUGUAUUCAAUCACAAACCAAGCCCAAAACAUAUAUACCCAUU